GUUGAACUAUGCAUAAGGACAACAGGACUCGGGUCAGGAACCAGAAGCCAAGAAGAAAGAAAAAGCCUCUUCCAUGGAUUAUACAAAUCUUCAACCAUCAGUGCUAUCUCACCUUCAUUACUGGCUGCCUCACCUACCAGUACAAAAUCCAAAAGGAGAAAAGAUCAAAGCAUGCACUCUGCUGCUGCUCUUGGAAAGAGAAAUUAUUUUGCCCAUUUCUGUUUUUUUCGUUUGGUUUAUCUGUGGUUAUGCUGUACGUGUGGGGGGAAACUGCAAAUGAACACUUUGGAUUUGACUGGAUCACUUUUCUAGGUACAGGAUACUGGUUCUACUGGUCUGUGGUUUUGCUGUGUUUGUUUAUACUCAUGACUGUCUACACUUCAUUGCUAUUGCUACUUGGACUUUUGUUGCUUUGGGAAGGAUAUGAAUUCUACCUACAUUGGUGUCAUAAGGUGCUGGUUCUGUUGGUAGUUGUGGGAUGCUUGUUUUUGUUGUGGGUUUUAUGUACAUAUUGGAAAGACAAGUGGCUGACAAUUGGCCUGUCAAUGCAGGUCUUUGGCCCUUUCACACACUUGUGCAGUAUACCGAUGAUGACUAUCCUUUCCUGGCCUGUGGUUGCCUACUUGAUACAUUUGGAAGGAGAAGUUAAAACCAGAAGAUACCAGAUGGCACAUAAUGAAGCAAAAGCAAACGAGAGAUGUAAUGUACUCGUAAAGUUGAGAGCCAUACAGUUGGCUGUUGGGUUGCCAUACUUUAUUAUCCUAGUGUGUGUCUAUAUGGUGCCAUUUGGGAAGCUGUCUCCCUGCAUUAAAGAGAAGAAUAAACUGGGACCCAAGCCAAACUUCUUUGGACAUAGAGGUGCACCCAUGUUGGGACCUGAGAAUACCAUGAUGUCCUUUGAGAAGGCUGUUGAAGAAGGUGCCUUUGGGCUGGAGACAGAUGUAUUCUUCAGUUACGAUGGGGUGCCUUUUCUCAUGCAUGACAGUAACUUGAGAAGAACAACCAAUAUCAGGGAAGUCAUGCCAACUGCCUCCCUCAAAUAUGUCUCCAACUUCACUUGGGAUUUCCUGUCAACUUUGAAUGCAGGCAAAUGGUUUAUAGCCUCACCGCCAUUUUACAACAUGAAAAAGCUAUCAAAGGCUGAUGAACAAAAAGCAAGAAAUCAAAAGAUUCCAAAAUUAAGAGAUUAUUUGGAACUUGCACGGAAGGAAAAAAAAUAUGUGAUAUUUGAUCUUCACAGUCCUCCACCAGGACAUCCUUAUAGGGAUUCAUUUAUCCAAGAAACAGUAACGGAGAUCCUUAACUCUAAAAUUGAGCAUCAUCUGGUUUAUUGGUUGUCUGGUUCUCAGAGGUCAUAUGUCAAGACAAGAGCUCCUGGAUUCCAGCAAGUGGCUAGACUCAUCCCAGUUAAAACUCUUAUAGAAGAAAAUAUCACAGUAAUAAAUGUUGACUAUAAGAGACUGUUCUACAAGGGGUUGAAAGAUUAUAAAGAAGCUAACAUUACCAUCAAUUUAUACAUUGUCAAUUCACCUUGGCUCUACUCCUUGGCCUGGUGCUGCAGUAUUAACUCAGUGACCACAGACAACAUUCAGAAUUUGAGAAAGAUGAAUCGCCCCUAUUUCUUGAUGACACCAGCCUUCUACAUAUUUUGGUGGCUUUUCCUGGAUUUUAUAUCUGUGCUUCUAGUUGCUAUAAUAGUUUAUUAUCAUUUAUGGAAAAGCAGUAAAAAACAACUUCAUGAAACUACCUCCACUGACACAGAUCCUAAGAAUAUAAGCCUCCAAAAGGGGAAAAUUAAGAAUCAAGAGUCUUCAACUUUAGAUAAUUCCUACCGAGUUAGGGAAAAACCAUGGACUAUAAAAUCCCUCCGCCCAGCUUUAGUUGAAAGCACAGUGAAAGAUCCAAGAUCUAACCAUUUUUCACUGGGUUUGAAGAAGAAAUCCAGAAUACAGCCAGAGCCUAUAAAGGAAACUGUCAUAUCACAGAUGCAUUCCUCAGAUGGUGUUAGACUACCGGUGUCCACCGAGAAUAUCUCUGCAUACAGCCUGGCACAUAACCCAUUACCCACCUGGAAGACCACCCUCCAAAGUGCAUUGUCCGUUUUGAAGUUGCAUGAACAAACAGUUUCUUCAGUAGGGGUUUCCAUUUCCGAAAGUCAGUCUGAAAAUACCCUCACUGAAGAAUUCUCCCAAGAAUCUUUUACAUUUUCUACCACAUCCAACAUAUCCUCCUUAUCUGUGAAGUCUUUGAAGUUUUAACUACUUCUUGUCCCCUUCUUCAUUUUCUUCUUUAUACCUAAGUGUAGUGCUAGUGAGGGGUUAGUAAUGAAAAUUGUGCAGAAGGGUCGUUGAGGUGCUCAAAAGAAUCAUCCUUGUCUGUUUUUUUUUUAUUUUUUAAAAAUGCAUUUCAUGGGAGGGAUGGGCAAGAAAAAAACAGUUUGAGCUGGAGUUGGUUAUUCUCUCAAUGUUGCAGGUUUUGUCUCAUCAUAAUCUUGCAUAAACUUUCCUGCUAAAACAGUUCAACAUCAGCAUAUAAAUAAAUAUAAGCUCUGAGGAAUAGGAAGGUAA